AUGGAUCCUGAAUCUCUUCCAUAAAAGAAUUGAAAGCAAUAUCAAAAGAAUCUUAGAAAAACAGAUCUGCGAAGUGGUCAAGAAGUCAUCAGACUCGCACCUGAAGCCCUACCUCCAGACUCUGCCAGUCACCUUGAUGAUUGACCAGGUUGCUGGUAUUGACUACAGACUGUUUAGAGCUCCCCAGGUGACCUCUAAAAGUGUGGACAUACCCAUCAAGGGUGAAUUCUUCAGCCAAAGCCAACGCACCCCAGUCCCUUUCGAUGCCCCAGCCAUGAUGCUGCCCCAACAAUAUGACCGCAUGGUCUACUUCGCAGUCUCCGAGUACGUCUUCAACACAGCCAGCAGGGUCUACCACCAGGCCGGGCUCCUGAAUGUCACCAUCUCAAAUGAGCACCUGGCCGGGUUGUUCCCCAAUAUGCAAGUACAAUUGGAGGCAUCACCUGAAUCAGAGCCGCACCUGUGGUUCACUCUUGGAAAGGUGACCAUUGCACCUGUGAUGGACGUCCAAGCCUUCGGCAUCCUGCCCAACUCCUCUGACCGCAGGCCACUCUUCCAGCUCAGGGUGAAAACCAACUUCUCCAUCUCCAUCAGCGUGAACUCCGAUAGGAUCGUUGGCUCAGUGUCCCCAGAAAGUGAGCUGAAACUCGAAUUGAAACACUCCAACAUCGGUUCUGUCGACGUGGAAGAGAUGGAAACCAUCUUCAACGUCUUUGCACGCGAGGUCAUCUACCCCUCUCUCAAUGCCCAGCUCAAAAAGGGAUUUCCACUCCCUGUUCCAAGGAACAUCUUCCUCAACAAUGUGGAGCUCCAGAUUCAUGAGAACUUCUUGCUCUUAGGGGCCAACAUCAAUUAGACUGUGGCUAGAGGGGUCACCAUAUCACAGCCGGACCUGCCCUUGACCCAGUGGAGGCUCAAAGGCUGCAGCUACUCUCUCCCAUGAGCUCCUGCUGCCCUACCGACACCAGAGAACCUAUGACAUCUGAAGACACAUCUGACCUGGAGACACCUUCCCAACUUUCCUCCUCCUUUUUCUCCUUCCCCCGCCCCAGGUGUUUUCUUUGGAUCCCCUGCUUUACCCUGGGGAGCUCAACCUGACUCCAUACUAGUCUACACUAGAAUCCACUUCCAUUAAGGAAAAAAGCACCAGCAGUGGCCAGGCACCAA